AUGUGUGUGCAUUUGUUUCAGAACCCAGUGACAGGUCUUCUGCCCGCCAGUACCCAGAAGAAGGAUGCCUGGGUGAGGGACAAUGUGUACAGUGUCCUGGCAGUGUGGGGGCUGGGCAUGGCCUACCGCAAGAAUGCAGACCUUGAUGAAGACAAGGCCAAAGCCUACGAACUGGAGCAGAGUGUGGUGAAACUGAUGCAGGGGCUGCUACAGUGCAUGAUGAGACAGGUGGCCAAGGUGGAGAAGUUCAAACACACCCAGAGCACAAACGACUGCUUGCACGCCAAAUACGACACGCCCACCUGUGCCACGGUGGUCGCGGAUGACCAGUGGGGGCAUCUACAGGUGGAUGCCACCUCCAUUUACCUGCUGAUGCUGGCUCAGAUGACAGCGUCAGGUCUUCGUAUCAUCUCAAACCUGGAUGAGGUGGCCUUUAUCCAAAACUUGGUCUUCUACAUAGAAGCUGCCUACAAAGUGGCGGAUUAUGGGAUGUGGGAGCGAGGUGACAAGACCAACCAGGGCAUUCCCGAGCUCAAUGGCAGCUCCGUAGGAAUGGCUAAGGCUGCCCUGGAGGCCAUAGACGAGCUGGAUCUUUUCGGCGCUCACGGAGGACCGAAGUCAGUCAUCCAUGUUUUGCCGGAUGAAGUGGAACAUUGUCAGUCCAUCCUCUGCUCCAUGCUGCCAAGAGCUUCCACUUCCAAGGAGAUUGACGCCGGUCUUCUGUCGGUCAUUUCCUUCCCUGCUUUUGCUGUGGAGGACGCUGACCUGGUGGCCAUCACCAAGUCAGAAAUCAUAAGCAAACUGCAGGGUCGCUUUGGCUGCUGCCGCUUCAUCAGGGAUGGGUAUCGUUGUCCUAAAGAGGAUCCCACUCGGCUGCACUACGAUCCUGCGGAGCUCAAACUGUUUGAGAACAUCGAAUGCGAAUGGCCUGUUUUCUGGACGUACUUCAUCCUGGACGGAAUCUUUGCUGGGGACCAAGAGCAGGUUCAGGAGUACAGGGAGGCCCUGGAGGGAAUUCUGAUCAGAGGGAAGAACGGCAUCAAACUUGUGCCUGAACUUUAUUCUGUACCACAGGACAAGGUGGAGGAAGAGUGUAGCAAUCCUCACUCGGUGGACAGAGUGGCCAUGGGGCAGCUGCCGCACAUGUGGGGCCAGUCCCUCUACAUCUUGAGUUCACUUCUGGCUGAGGGGUUUUUAGCACCAGGAGAGAUAGAUCCUCUCAACAGGAGAUUCUCCACAAACUUCAAGCCAGAUGUUGUCGUGCAAGUUUGUGUUCUGGCCGAGUCGGACGAGGUCCAGGAGCUGUUAAGUGAUCAUGGGAUAACGGUUCAGACAAUGUCAGAGGUUCUGCCUAUCAGGGUCAUGCCUGCUCGCAUCCUGAGCCAUGUCUAUGUCAGACUGGGGAACUGCAAGAAACUGGAUUUGAGUGGGAGGCCCCACAGACACAUCGGCGUUCUGGGAACAUCCAAAUUCUACGAGAUCCGAAAUCGCUUUUAUAUAUUCACCCCGCAGUUUCUGGAUCAGCAUCAUUUCUACCUGGCACUGGACAACCAGAUGAUUGUGGAGAUGUUACGAACAGAGCUGGCCUAUCUCUCCUCUUGUUGGAGGAUGACAGGACGACCCACGCUCACUUUCCCCAUCACCCGCAGCAUGCUGGUUGAAGAUGGGGAUGCGAUUGAUCCGUGUAUCCUAGCAACCCUCAGGAAACUACAGGAUGGCUAUUUUGCUGGCGCGAGGGUGCAGAUGUCCGACCUCUCCAGUUUCCAGACCACUUCCUUCCACACUCGCCUCAGCUUCCUGGAUGAAGAGAACGAUGACAGCUUACUUGAAGAUGAAGACGAGGACGACUAUGGAGAGGAAUAUGGAGAAUAUUACAAAUGUGGGCCUUCAGAGAGCUCAGCAGACAUGUUUGAGCAGUACCUCACGCAGCUCCUCCACAGCACCAACACCAAGAGCCAUCUCCCUCCCAUCCAGAGGGGCCAGCACCAUGUCUUCAGUGCGGAACACACAACAAGAGACAUCCUGUCUCUUAUGGCCCAGGUCCAGGGCUUGAACUUAACCAAGUCUGCCAUGUAUCUGCCUGUGGCUCCUCUCAAGAGCAAACAUCGCAGAUCUCUCAACCUCCUUGUGGUUCCUCAUCCUCAGCACAGCUCACAUGCAAAGCAGCACAAGCCCCACAGCGUCGCUGAUCUGCACCUGCCUCGAGACUCUCAGGGCAACACAGACUUUGCGUCGUUGGUGAGGCAGCUGAAAGAGUGUCCCACUCUGCAGGACCAGGCUGACAUCCUCUACAUUCUCUACGGAAUGAAAGGCGCUGAUUGGCUGGUGGAGCUGUCAGGUCCUGGGCAGGGUGGGAUGAGUGUGCGUUCUCUGUUGGAGGAGCUCUAUGUUCAAGCUGGAGCUGGUAAAGAGUGGGGUCUCAUCAGAUACAUCUCUGGAAUACUACGCAAGAGAGUGGAGGUCCUCGCAGAGGCCUGCACAGAUCUGAUCUCCCAUCACAAGCAGCUGACUGUGGGUCUACCUCCUGAACCCAGGGAAAGAGUUAUCACAGUGCCACUUCCUCCCGAGGAGUUGAACACACUCAUCUAUGAGGCCAGUGGUCAGGACAUCAGUGUAGCUGUACUCACUCAGGAAAUCAUGGUUUAUCUUGCCAUGUACGUGCGCUCCCAGCCUGCUCUGUUCGGGGACAUGCUUCGGCUCAGGAUUGGACUCAUCAUGCAAGUGAUGGCCACUGAGCUGGCCCGUAGCCUGCACUGUUCUGGGGAGGAGGCAUCUGAGAGUCUGAUGAGCCUGAGUCCGUUCGGCAUGAAGAGUCUCCUGCAUCACAUCCUCAGCGGCAAAGAAUUUGGGGUUGAGAGAAGCGUGCGCCCCAUCCAGUCAACAGCCACUAGUCCGGCCAUCUCCAUCCAUGAACUCGGCCACACUGGUGCCACCAAGACUGAACGCACUGGAAUACACAAACUGAAGAGUGAAAUAAAACAGCUGGAUGACUCUCGGCCGCUGAGUAUCAUCAGCGGGGGUCUUUCCUUAAGUAGCAAUGUCACCUCUCCUCGUUCCACGCGUUGCAGCAGCCCGUCCACCCCCAGUGGAAUCCUGUCCCCUGUGGGUCCUGGUCCAGCUGAUGGACAGCUGCACUGGGAGGAGAGGCAAGGCCAGUGGCUGAGGAGACGCAGGCUGGACGGAGCUAUCAACAGAGUUCCUGUGGGUUUCUACCAGAAGGUCUGGACGAUCCUGCAGAAGUGCCAUGGCCUCUCCAUUGAUGGAUAUGUGCUUCCGUCUUCUACCACAAGAGAGAUGACAGCAGGAGAGAUCAAGUUUGCGGUGCAGGUGGAGACUGUCCUGAACCAUGUCCCUCAGCCAGAGUACCGGCAGCUGCUGGUGGAGACUGUGAUGGUUCUCGGUUUGGUCGCUGACGUGGAUGUUGACAGCAUCGGAGGCAUCAUCUAUGUGGACCGCAUCCUGCAUUUGGCCAAUGACCUCUUCCUCAACGACCAGAAAUCUCACAGCGCCAGUGAUUAUUUCCUUGAAAAGGACCCGGCGACUGGGAUCUGCAACUUUUUCUACGAUAGCGCCCCCAGUGGCAGCUAUGGAACCAUGACGUAUCUGUCCAAGGCGGCGAUCACGUAUGUCCAGGACUUCCUGCCAAGUUCCAGCUGCCUGAUGCAGUGAACAAACAGACAAGUGAUGCAACGCAACUCUAAACACCUGGAGAGACACGUUUUAUAAACGUAUCGACUGGACAAAGUCAGCAAAGCUUCUCUUUAUCUUCCGUACAAGUCGUGAGGUGCUUGUGAGUAUUUACUCAAUAAUUAAUCAAUAAACUCAGUAGCUUUCUCACAUUAAUGUGACAUCAUAUCCUUGGCAGCUGAUUGCAAACCACUGAAUAGGAAUUUGUUUUUUCUUAAGGGUCCAGACUGUGAACGUAUUUAUUAUUUAAACAUGCUCCUCAGAUGUUAGGUUGUGCGACUCACUAACAUGCGUUUUAUUUAAACUGAAAUUAGCAAAGAUAUAAUUUCAGUGUUCUUGGUGUUGUUUGUGAGAAUAUUAUAUAAACAGAUGUUGUACGUUGGUUAUCAGAGGAAACAUUUCUAUAAUUUCUGCACACAAAAUCAAUAAUCUGUACAUUUUAAUUCUGUUAACUGCUUUUGUUUUUGUUUAUUUAGUAAUAUAAUCAAUUAUUAUUCAGUUAUAAUGGCUGAAAUUAACGUGUUGGAAAAACAAUGAAAUAUUUGCUGCAAAUGACAAAUCGUUUCCUCUGAUAGCUUCCAGGUUCUUCAUAAUUCAGUGCUGAUGAUACUGAAACUUCUCGUUUAAAUAUUAACAUGUAUUGGAACAAGAAUCCCUUUGAAUGCCAGUGUGUAUUUAUCCUUGUGGAUGUGCAUGAUUGUCACCCCAAGCUUUCACUACUGACUCAACAUAUUUUAUUCAUUUGUGUGCAGUGAAGUUAAGUUUGUUCGUGGUAUGUUUGGGUCGUGUUUGACAGGAUACACAGUAUGUAUGCAUGAAUGCAUAUCAGAGCAAAAACAAAGCAGUAAUGCUGAAAGAACUUCAGAGAGUUCAGAGACAGGAUUAUGUCGAGACCCAGAUUUGGGGAAGACUAGAAUUUGGAUCUGCACCAGACACACCCUCAUAAAUAUCAGUCCCCUAAACAUGCCAGAUAUGUUUCAUCAAGAUCCAAGAUUACUCUCUUGUUAUGUAAAACAAAAGGGGUCAAAGGCUUCUCCUUCGACCUCAUGGCCUGGUUUUAGUUCUGAUAUGUAUCGAGCGAUGAGACUGUAUAAUCACAAACUUUUAAGUACCAUGUCAAUAGGUCUCAAAAUUUUUGUCCGUGAAAUAUUUAAAGUUUUUUCAAAUUUAAUUUGCAAAGAAUUUCAGAAAUUCUCUGUUUGCUUUGUCAUUAUGGGGGAUUGGCUGAUGACAUUUUACUGUAAGGCUGCAACAUAACAAAAUGUAAAAGAAUUGAAGGAGUCUGAAUACUCUCUGAAUGCAUCGACUGUAUAUGUAAAGAAUGAAGUGGCCGCAUGUUGGUAAAGUGACUCAGAGGUCGAGGAGGUGUUGGAUAAGGUGCUUGUAAGUCCGAGAUAAGUUUGAUUGUAGUUUUGAUUUAUCUCUGUGCUUUGAUGUUUAGAGCCAAAUCGCAGGAGACAAUAAAAUGUUGAUAUAUUUUAAUGCUGACUCGUACCCGUAAAACAAUAAUUACUUUUAUAUACAACCUAUAAAGAAAA